AUGGAAGAAGUAUCAUACAAAUUUCUUAGAGGUAAGAGUGUAGGAGUAAUUGGUUGUCCAUUCAGCGGUGGCCAGCCUAAAGAUGGUGUUGACGAGGGUCCAUUGAAAAUCAUUGAAUAUGGAUUGAUAGAACAACUUCAAGAGAUGGAUUGGGACGUGGAAUUUGAUGGUCAUCUUAAACUCACUGAUCUUAAACCGAAAGAUGAUCCAAAUAUAGGGAAAUUGAAACGACCUCGUUAUGUUUCACGAGUUACAGAAGCAGUCUCUAGGUCUGUUGAAAGGCAUCAUAGAAAAGGUCAAAUGGUAUUAACAUUAGGUGGUGAUCAUAGUCUCGCACUUGGCACUGUAUCCGGUACUUUAGCGGUUCAUCAUGAUGCAUGUCUGAUUUGGAUUGAUGCACACGCUUCUACAUCAUUAAGAAAAGAGAACACCACUAUCGAAUUACUAUUAUUCGAUAAUGAUAAUAAUAAUCAUCAAUUAUUCACUAUUUUGUCAACCAUUAAGAUAAUACAAAGAAUCAAUAACAGAAACACUCACAUUAAACCAUAA